AUCAUUAUCACCAUCACCACCACCAUCAUCACCAUCAUCACCCUCACCACCCUCAUCACCAUCAUCACCAGCCUUGUUCCUCCUCCUCGUGGCUGUGACGUCAUCUGUCUUUCCGGCUGUCGCCCCUCACGCCUCCUCAAGCACCCUCAUCAUCAGCGUCCCUCCCACUUCCGGUUCGCCCACUUCCGGGUCACCCACCACUUCCGGGUCACCCACCAUUUCCGGGUCGCCCACUUCCGGGUCACCCACCUUUGGGUCGCCCACCAGCUCCAGGUCGCCCACCAUUGUGUUCAAACUGGGAGUCCUGAUGCCCACAGAACAGGACAGUGGUCACUUUGACCCGCGCCUCGUGAGGGAGGUGGAGGACGCUAUCAACUCUACCACUGACUGGCUCAACUCUUUCACCCUCUGAGGGUCGUGGCCCUCCUGGGAUCGUACUGGUCAACUCCCGUGGUCACAUGGGCGCCCGUCCAGAGACUGGUCAUCGAGCAGAGCUCUUACGGUGACGUCAUAUCCGCUUUUGGAGCCUACGAGGACUUCGCGGGGGCGGCCAUCACCAUGACAAACUACCUGGGCUGGAGCCACUUAGCUGUCGUGUACGAGGAGGACGGGUUGUGCCCCCAUCUGAUGACAGAGUUACGCCGCAUCAUGUUCACACAGAACGGACCACGAGAGGCCGCCUCUGUCAUCUUCACCGCUCAAAACAGGACGUCAUUGGGAGCUGAUCUUAGCAGGAUAAGACAUCUCACUAGAACCGUAGUCCUAUGCAUGUCCUCGGAGUCUCUGGAAGUUCUGAUGGCCAAGGCCGACAGCCUGGGAAUGACGUCAGGCUACUACGCCUUCCUCUACCUCAACUUUGACCUCAGGCCCGUGGUGGCGAGCCUGCCCAAGAAGAAGCAGAAGAAAGAUUUCUCUCCCUUCCUCCUGGAGCUGGGGCACUUCCCCGGGCUGGAGAAGCUGGUCAGUGGGAAGUCCAACAAGGGGGUCAGGAAGAGAGAGGCCAGGCGGCGAUCUGAGGGCUUUGUGGAGACACAGAUCAAGCUGUGUCCCUACCUUCACGACGCCAUCACACUCGCCGCCAUCGCCUCACACUUUGACAGGAGGAAACUGCCGCUGAGCAAUUUCAACAUCACAGCCAGCCACCUGAGGACCGGGUCUAUCUACAUCGACGAGCAGGGAAUCCGGAGAACCACUCUGUCCCUGGUCCACUCCCAGGCCGGCCUGCUCACCACCGUGGCCAGACUGACCCCUGACCUCCAGUUUGUCCCGGUCACGCCCCUCCAGUGGUCCGGCGGGUCACUUCCGGUGUCAAAACUGAACUGUGGGGCGCCGGGGAACUCGUGUGAAGACAUGGCGGUGAUCGCAGCUGGUGUGGUGGUUGGGGUCCUGGUGUUGGUGGCUGUUCUGGCAGCUGCUGUCUUCUUGUACAGGCGGUUCCGUCGACAGCGGACAGCCGCCAAGAAGGAGUGGCUGAUUGACGACAAGGAGGUGAAGAGACGACGGGCUAAGUUGUCUGGACCGGCGGUCAACGGGGCUGUUGGUGGCGGUAGUAUGAAGAAACGACUGGUCCGCAUGGAGACAAGAGGCACGCUAGGCCUGGGUUCUAACUGCAGUCUGGACAAGAACAUGCUCUACGCCCCCAUUGGAAACUACAAGGACAUGGUGGUGGCGGUCAAGCACGUGCGAUGGACUCACGUGCAGCUCAACAAACGGGAGAUGCUUCAAGAUCUGAAAACGGCCAAAGAACUAUCCCACGACAACAUCAACCAGUUUGUGGGCGCCCAUGUUGCAUUCUCCCCCGGAAGUAGCUAUGUGCUGUUCCGCUACUGCUCCAAGGGAAGUCUACAAGACGUGUUGGAAAAUGACGACAUCAAACUGGACUGGAUGUUCAAACUUUCCUUCGCUCUCGACCUCUCCAGGGGCAUGGAAUAUCUCCACAAAACUCCUCUCCGUUCCCAUGGCAACCUUAAGUCCAGCAACUGCGUCAUAGACAGCCGGUGGGUCCUCAAAGUGACAGACUUCGGGGCUGUGACGUCAUACAAAAAGCCCGGGAAAGAUGACGACAUCGACCAGAGGGUGUAUUACAACAAGGUGAUAACCCUCGUAAAAAACGAGAGUGCAUGCCGACCAUACCGUCCCACCAUCCCCGGGGACUCUGACUCCCCGCCCAAAGCCUUCGCCCUGAUGACGUUAUGCUGGGCGGAAGUGCCAGAGGCCAGGCCAGACUUUCACGUGGUGGGGAAGAAACUGACGGAGCUCAACGGGACAAAUCUACUGAGGAAAGUGGAAGAGGGCUGCCAGCCUCCCUCGCCCUCGCUCUACCGUCUGCAAGUCGGAGACAGUAUGUUCAGCGCCCUGCGCAAAACGUCUAUCACAGUGAGCGACAUCACCGUGCAGCAAACGCCCAACAGCUCCGACAACGAAGACAGUCUCACACAACCCUUGGAGCAUCCACAACAUCCGCAACACGACACACAGCCUCAUCAACCACACCACAAUAACUACCAUCGUCGUCACCUCAACCACCACCACCACCAUCACCACGACCACCAGCGUCUGGAUGAGGAUGAUGAUGAACAAUAUCAUCAGCAUCAGCAGCAGCAGCAACAGC